AUGAAGGCUUUUUGUUUUGUUCCACUCUUGGGGAUAUCAACUUGCUACGGGCUCCAUGUUGGUCAGACGAUUCGAACAUCUAGCGGGCCUGUUCGUGGCCACGCGGCGACUGACGAACCUGGCGUCUCUGCAUUUCUGGGUAUUCCUUACGCACUACCACCAUUAGGAAAAAGAAGGUUUAUGCCACCAGAAAAGUACCAUGGAGACAAACUUAUCGAUGGCAACAGUGUCGGAUUUUCUUGCCCAGCAAGCACACCCUUCUCUCCAGAUGACCAUGACUUCAGUAAUUACGAUAUGGCGCUUGCCAAUCUGACUGCCCAAGGAAUUGCAACUCUGUCAGACUUAUUCCAGCUUACAGACACGUUCAGUGAAGACUGCCUUAAGUUGAACGUUUGGGUGCCUACCGGUGGUGAAGCUAAAAAAGCCGUGAUGAUCUACAUCUAUGGUGGUGGUUUCACCUACGGGAGUACUCAGAGUAACUUUUACGAUGGGCAGCAUCUUGCAGCCGAGCAAGAUGUUAUCGUCGUCACUUUCAACUAUCGGGUCAGCAUCCUAGGAUUCCACGGUGAUCCAGAAUCGAAAAAUCGUAACCCCGGACUUCUCGACCAGCGGCUGGCGGUGGAAUGGGUGAGGGACAAUAUUCACGCUUUCGGUGGUGACUGCUCACGAUUGACGCUAUUUGGUCAAUCUGCCGGUGCUGCCUCGGUGGACCACUAUGCGUACGCCUAUGCGUCAGACCCUAUCGUCUCUGGCCUUAUCAUGGAGUCUGGUGCGGCUGGUUUUGGUAGAUCGUUGCCGCCCAACAACGCCGAGGCGUGGUACAAUGUCUCUGCUACACUUGGUUGUGGCACAAAUGCGACUACCAGCCCUUCCCAGAUACUUUCGUGUUUGCAAGGGAAGAAUGUCAAAGAUCUGUAUGCUGCGAUUGGGUCUUACAGCUUCGGACCCAGUAUUGACGGCAUCACUGGCCAUGCCGACUAUCCCAGUCUUUCAAAAGCAGGCAAAUUUGCCCAACUGCCUGUUUUGAUUGGAAAUAACGACUUCGAGGCCGGUGCAUAUAUUCCCAUAUAUGCUCUCAAGGGGGCUACACUCCCCCAUGAAUACUGGGUGAACCUCACUAAUUCAGAGUUCGCGUGCCCGGUAGGCGCCCGAGCAAAUGUCAGCGCUUCUCACGACCUACCUAUCUGGCGCUAUCGCUGGUUCGGAAACUUUCCCAACACCAGAAUUUUCACAAAUCCUGAUAGUGGUGCCUGGCAUUGCUCCGAGAUUCCCUUCAUUUGGAACACGCUUCCAACCGGAGCUGGAAUUCCUGCAGAUACUAAGGAAGAGAUUUCGAUUAGGAAAUACGUUCAAGGGGCGUGGGCAGCCUUUGCAAAAUCUCCGACAGACGGAUUGGCAAAGUACAAAGGUGGCUGGCCUCAGUUUUCACCGUUUGAGCCGACGCUGAUUAGAUUGGCCUACGAUAAUGUGACGGGAACGAAUGUUGCAAUGUCUGGGAUUUAUGACGGAGCGUGUCUCACGACGUACCCUAUAGCAUAG